GGAGAAUUCCAAUUUUGAGUUCAGAAAUUUGGGAAUCGGAAGCUUAUACCCGAACUAGCCUAUGAAUCUGGUAAGAAAUCCAUGAUAUCCACGAAGAUGUCAUCGGAAUCUACCUGCGAGCGCCUGCAACGAGCCCUAUCGGAGUGUCAUCGGCGGGUCCCGUCCGGUCCGGGCCGCGACACGGCGUGCCGCCACCUGAACCACGCCUUCGCCAUGUGCCUUGUCUCCUUGGCCUGCCGAGAAGAAUCCGACGCCGUUCAGGCACUCUGCUCCAGCAGCGGCACCGCCCUGAAACGCUCUCAGUGCCAACAGGCUCAACUCUCUCUCUCCGUCUGCCUCUCUGCUCAUCAACAAAACUCAUGAUUCUUGAAACCUACCCCUAAUCCCAACCUUUGUAAAAUUUUGUGUUUUGGGAUUUCUUUUACUGUUAUUUUUUUUUUUGGUCUGCAGACUAGAGAGAAAUAAGAAACGACGUCUAAGAAAUUGAUGCGAGAUUGUUACCCCGUUUUUUUUUUUUUUUUUUUACCAGCACAUUGUUACCCCUACCAGAGUUGUAUAAUGCAAAAAUCAUAGUGUUUAUGGAUAAAUUAAAAAUAGUGUUUAGUUUCAUGGAAUGCUAUGAAACUUGAAAAUUGUUUCGGCAA